AGGUGUUGAGUAACCAAAGUCAAAGUGCAAGAGAGCUGCUUCUGCGCAGGGUCUGGUACGGCUGAAAAAAAAAGAAGAAAACUUUCCUGCUAGAAGAUUACAAACAUUUCCAUUUCAAAGAAAAAGAAAGUAAGAAAGAAAGAAAGUAAGAAAGGAAGAAUUCGCUUGAAGGAAUCAUCUUCAUUUCAGAAACUCAUCUACUAUCAUCAUGGACUCAAGCAAGAUAUCUGGUGUACCGCCACCUGACUGGAACCCAGAUAGUAAAGCAGGAAUGGCUUACCCACCUCCUCCUUACCAAGAUCAGCCCCAGUACCCCAACCAAGUGGGGUACUACCCAGCACCACAGUAUGGAGGAGCACCCCAGGGUCCACCCUACCCACAGGGACCCCAGCCGACUGUUACUGUCCAGCCUACAGUGUAUGUCACCCGGGCACCCCUGGCCCAUCCUCUGCCAGAUUACCUGGGAUACUCUAUCUUCACCAUGCUGUGCUGCUGCCUGCCACUGGGAAUUGCAGCCCUGAUCUAUUCAAUUUCGACUCGAGAUGCCAACAACCAGGGGCACCUGGAGAUGGCGAAGAGAAACUCGCGCCUUGCCCGCAACCUCAACCAUGCUGGGCUAGGUAUUGGCAUUGCCAUCUUUGUUCUCUGGAUCAUCUUUGUACUCUUCUUAUCAGCAAAAUAAUUUCCAAGGUAUUGCCUUUACACCAUGGUCGUCUAUCAUUCAACUUUAAAAGAAGCACCUGAGUAUUGAGCACAGCUGGUUUUUUUCUAACACAUACAGUACAUUUAUAUAUAUAUAUAUAUAAAUAUAUAAAAAUAUAUAUUUAUAAAAAUAUAUAUAUAGAUGUAUCUAUCAUCUCAUGCUCUGAAUGUUAUACUUUGCUUUGCUACUAUGUUUUUUGUUUUCAUGAGUAAUUUUUCCUACUUUUAAGAGAUUAUAUGAAUAUCUAAAUAUUUCAGCCUGAAGAACCAUGUCAUAUGUUGAAUAUUGUCAUAGAAAUUUGUUAGAAAAAUACACUAAGGUAGUUUAAACAAGAACAUACAGAGAAAAAACGGGAUCAACAUGUCUACAUAACAGCAAGUGUAUUACUCAGUCUACCAAAAAUAUUAUAUAUGGUUAAUACAAAGGUAUAUGCUGGUCUUUCUGUUUCAUGACAUCCAUAUGGUCUCUGUCACAUUUAAGUUUUACCUUAGUGUGUUAAACACCAUAUGUAUUUUUUAGCGUGCGGUAAGGACAAUGUGCUGUUAACACUGUUCCAACUAAAAUGUAAUGAAAGUCAAUAUCAA